AUUUAAAGUAGUUCGGCGCAAUUAGUCCUCGAGUCGGUGUUCACUUCUUCUUCUUCUUCUUCUUCUGCUGCUGGUCGCUAAAUCGUUUUACGAGUCGUCAAACCAGAGUCCCGGGCCGCAGCUGAACAUGAAGCUCCCCGCGCUGCUGCUCCUGACCGUGUGGCUGAACUGUCCCGCUGCUCUCUCCUCGUCCUGCUCCCGCGCCCCGGCGGACUGGUGCUCGUCGCUGGACUCGGCUGUCCGCUGCGGGGUUCUGAAGCACUGCCUCGAGUCUAACCUCACCAGGCCCCAUCAGACGGCAGAUCCAGUCCAGGUGGGGCUGUACUACGAGAGUCUGUGUCCCGGCUGCAGACUUUUCCUGACGGGGGCUGUCUUCCCCACCUGGCUCCUGCUGAGUGACAUCAUGUCUGUGACCUUGGUGCCCUACGGAAAUGCUGGGGAGAAGCCUGAUGGACAGAAGUAUAUUUUUGAGUGCCAGCAUGGAGAACAGGAAUGUCUGGGCAACAUGAUCGAGACUUGUUUAAUAAACAAGACCAAUUAUGCUUUCCCGAUCAUCUUCUGUAUGGAAUCUUCCAGUGAUGUCAUCAAGUCAGCUAAAAGCUGUGUGGAAAUCUACGACCCCGAGUUGAGCUGGGACAACGUCAUGAGCUGUGUGAAUGGGAAUCUGGGAAACCAGCUUAUGCAUCUGAAUGCCAUGAAGACCAAAGCCCUGAACCCUCCACACAAAUAUGUGCCCUGGGUGACCAUUAAUGGGGAGCACACUGAAGAUCUUCAGGAUAAAGCCAUGUCUUCUCUCUUCGAGCUGGUGUGCAACUUGUACAAGGGCCCCAAGCCACCGGCCUGUGGCGAAGGCCAGAGACAUUACAAGAGCUACUGCCACAAGGGGUGAAGGAGCGGCACUGCACUUCCCCUCUUAUCCUCGCUCUCUUCCAGGUGUGGCCAUUAAAUAAGCGACACUGGGGAAUGUCAUCAAUGAUUGAUGUCAUCAUCUAUAUUUUUUAAUCUGUGAUUUUUACAAUGUUUUCAUAAAGGGAAGAAUUGAUCGCCUCACUUUAUUCUUUUGACAGAAUAUAAAUACUUGAAGUAAAAUUACUUUCUACAAA